UGAGUCAUGACUCAUUGUGCAUCGUCGGCAGAUUCCCAGCCGACCGGAAGGCCAAAGUUGCAUUUCUUUGCCCGGAACGCCAUAUUCCAGUUGAUCAUUUCCCCCCAUCCAACGAUAGCAAUCUAGUAUCCAAUUGCCAUGGCUUCCUCCCUCGCCACCUCGGGUGUUGCUUCCAUCAGCAGCAUUGCUGCCAUCAGCUCUGCCAAGGAGCUGUCCCAGGUCAGCAAUGGCUCUGCCAUGGUGAUGCGCAAGACCGGUGGCUCCAGGAAUGUUGCGGGUCUGAAGACUCAGCCCGGCGCCGGCGGACUGGGCAAGUGGUAUGGACCUGACAGGGCCAAGUACCUCGGCCCCUUCAGCGAGGUUGAGGGUGGCACACCUGCCUACUUGGAUGGAACAUACCCUGGUGACUACGGGUGGGACAGCAGCGGUCUGUCAGCAGACCCUGAGAGCUUCCGCAGGAACAGAGAGCUUGAGGUCAUCCACUCCAGAUGGGCUAUGCUUGGUGCCCUGGGCAUGAUCCUGCCUGAGGUUCUGGCUGACAGUGGUAUCCCAAUCAAGGAGCCUGUCUGGUUCAAGGCUGGUGCUCAGAUCUUUGACAGCGAUGGCCUGAACUACCUCGGCAACUCUUCCCUCGUCCACGCCCAGAGCAUCCUUGCCACCCUUGCUUGCCAGGUUAUUCUGAUGGGUGCCGUUGAGGGGUACCGCGUGAAUGGUUUGGAGGGUUUCCAGGAGAGGGAUGACCCUCUGUACCCUGGUGGUGCCUUUGACCCCUUGGGUCUUGCUGACGACCCUGAGGCGGCUGCUGAGCUGAAGGUGAAGGAGAUUAAGAACGGAAGACUGGCUAUGUUCUCCUGCUUCGGGUUCUUUGUCCAGGCCCUGGUCACUGGAAAGGGCCCUCUCCAGAACCUCCAGGAUCAUCUGGCUGAUCCUGGUGCCAACAACGGUUUUGCCUACGCCACCGCUUUCUCGCCCGGGCAGUAAGGCAAGAUAUUGCAGUUGCAACACCUGAUUGAGAUCAAGAGCAGAGUUGUGUUAGCAAUAACAAGUUCCGGACAAAAAAUUGCUGACAUGGAUUGUGUUUCUUCCGGUCGCAGAGCACAGACUGAUGUCAGCUGUAGCGAGGAACAUUGUUCAUAAAGUUUGAAAAAUUUGUCCAGUUGGUCAAACGGCACAACAAGCUGAUGUAACACGGUUGUCAAACUUUUUGAUUCAUGAGCAAUCUCUCACACCACAUGCACGAAUCUACAUUUUGUGCGCA